AUGAAGAAUACUAAGUAUAAUCAGUCUAAUUUGAAUAUACAUGGAAGAAGCAAAUAUGAAUUACGAUGUAAGAAAAAUGAAAUGAACAAAAAUAUAAAUGAAGAAGAAUCAGAAGAUGUUUCUAACGUUUUAAGCGACUCAUCAUUGUCUUGUUGUUCUAUGUAUAUGAUUAGAGAAGAAAAUAAUAGGGGAAAAAAUGAAGAAACCACUAAAAAAGUGCAUUUAAAAAAUAAAUAUAAAAAUAAAAAUACAUCUUUAGGCUUAGAUAACAAAGUAAAUAAUGUUUUUUCAAAGCAAAGCUAUAUAUAUGAACAUUACAAAAAAAAAGACAUUUUAUUGAGUUUAUGGUGGAAAAAUAUUAUAGAUUUAUAUUCAGAUAUAUUAAUAACUAAUCUAUGUAGUAAUGUUAGUAAUAUUGAAAUUUUAAAUAUGAAUAAUAACAAAAAUGAUUAUCAAUAUUUAAACGAAGGUAUUAUACUUUUUCAUAAUACGAAAAAAAGUAAUAAUUAUAAAAUGAGUAUUUUACGUGUAAUAACAAAGGAAGAAAUAAAUAAAAAAAAUGAAAAUGACUUUUUUUAUUCAUCUGCCGUUAAAAAUAAUGUUAUAGAUGAAUCAUUUAAAAAAUAUUAUUGUAAAAAAUAUAAAUAUAUACCAAUUAUUAAAAGAUAUAAUUGCAUGAAUAUACCUUAUUACACUACUAAUUCUACAAUAUCUUAUUGCAAUAAAGAAAUGAAUAACUAUGAAACGAAUUUUAUACACGAUGGAAAUGUUAUUAUAGCUAAUAAAUCAAUUGAAGGAAAAAUUUAUUUAUAUAAUAUUAAAAAAACAAUUGAUAGAAUAAAUAAUAUAGAGGAUAUUGAAGGAGAUGAUGAAGAAAGGGAAGAAGAAAAUGAAGACAACAGUAAAAAUGAAGAUAAAGAAGAGAAUGAAUAUGAAGGUAAUAGAAAGUCUGGUGAUAUCAAUAAAAACUGUUUAAGAAAUAAUGAUCUAUAUUGUGAAAAGGAUAUUAAAAGUAAAAAAGCAAAAUAUUCUGAAAGUUAUAAAAAAAAAUUAGAGCAAAGAAAAAUAUAUGAUGGUGAAUUAUUAUUAGAAUUGUUAGGUCAUAAUAAAACAGGAAAAGGACUUUUUUUAAAAAAUAAUUAUAUGUUAAGUAAUGGAGAUGAUAAAAAAGUGUUCAUUUAUGAUAUUAAUAGUAGCACUAUAAAAUCUAAUGAUAAUAAGUAUGGAAAUGAUCAUAUAAAUGUAAGUAAAAUAAACCCACUUAUAUCAAUAAAAACUAAUGAAAUCUAUAGUAAUGUGAGGUGGUUGUAUGAUUCGUUAAUUAUUGGUUCUACUUAUAGUGGAUACUUUUCUUUAUUUGAUAUAAGGAUGAAAAAUGAGUUAUAUAAUUUUAACAAUUUAAAUAAUAAUAACAGUCGUCACAAUGUAAAUAUGUACUCUAUGCACAAAAAAAUAACUAAUUAUGAAAUUUCUGAUAUUGAUAAAUAUAAUAAUGAAGAUAAUAAUUUAAUUUGUUUAAGUUCUUUAAAUAAUAUUUUUAUUUUUGAUCUGCGUUUUAUAAAUAAUAAUUUACCAUAUAAAAUAUUACACGAUAAUUCAUAUAAUAAUUUUAGUAUAAAUGACUCUUACUUUGAACCAUAUCAAACAGAAUUACAAAAUGGUGAAUAUAAUAGUAAUACAAAUGUAAAUUAUUUUUAUGAUCAUUCUUAUAAUAACUUUUAUAAUGAAGACUUUUUUAAUUCUGAUACUUUUAUUCAUUCUUUGUUUUGGUGCAAUAUUGAAGCUUUUAAUUAUAUUGGUUCGUUAAAUAAUAAGGGAAUAAUUAAUAUAUAUGAUGUAAACAAAAGUAAACAUCAUUGUGUAUUUACAUAUGGAUGUAAAUAUAUUAAACUAUUUAAAUUUAAUCCAUUUAAAAUUAAUAAUUUUAUAUCUGUUGAUAAGAAUAAUAUUUUGAUUCUCUUUACUUUACCAGAUCAAAUUUAUAAAAGUGAUUUAGAUUUAUAUCUUAAGGAUAAUUUUAAGGAAGAAUAA